AUGGCCCAGUUGGAGCGCAGCGAACUCAGUCUUCUGUCGCCGAACGAUUCGACAUUACUUGACGAAGAAUCUAUAAUUGCCGCCAAGUUGAGCAUGCUUUCUGGAGACCAGGAAAAGAACUCCGAUAAUGCGACGUUACCUUAUCACUGUGAACCAACUGUACUGCAGGAGGCUUGCAAAACGAUGAGUGCUAUUGAGGCGUGCCUCGAGGAUGAUUGGGACAUUGAAUCAGAAGUUGGAGAUCCUGGGUAA